CUUCUAGCAUCCUUCAUCCUUCAGGUAGUAGUGGUCCAGACAGGCAGUGGUAACACUGUAUCACUUGGGACCAGCCCUCGAAGGACCGAGCCCAGUCUCCGCUCCCGUGUCGAGGAUUGCGGUUAUUCUCCUCUGAGCCUGCUGUUUCUAUCAUCUGUAUCAGAAAGCACCAGGCAACAGGGUGAGACACCCACCCCGGCCAGAAGGUCUCCGUUUCCCUCAAAACCCCUGGAUCUGCAGGCACCUAAAGCUUGAGAGGCAGGAUGAAAGGAGAGACCCCCGUGAAUAGCACCAUGAGCAUCGGGCAAGCCCGAAAGCUGGUGGAGCAGCUCAAGAUAGAAGCCAGCAUGUGCCGGAUCAAGGUGUCCAAGGCAGCUGCGGACCUGAUGACAUACUGUGAUGCUCACGCCUGUGAGGACCCCCUCAUCACUCCUGUGCCCACCUCGGAGAAUCCCUUCCGGGAGAAGAAAUUCUUCUGUGCCCUCCUCUGAACGCGCCCCCGCCCCGGAGCCCCCUUGGAACCCCGCCCCCCCCCGAGGCUCUCAGAAGCACAAGGCAGCCCCAGCCCCCACCGCCAGCCCCGUCUCUGCUCCCACCCUGGACAGCUCCGAGGAGGGCCGCGCGCGCCUGAUGGAGGCUCGAGCCCGGUGGGGGGUUAUUGGGAGGCGGAAUAAAAGCACUCGCUCUCGGAGGGA